AUGGAGAAAACGCUGAAGGACCACCUUGUGGACACCCUCAACGAGCUAGUCAAAGAGCAGUUUAACAGGUUCAAGGACAAGCUGGGAGAAACACGGUUCCAGGGGCGCAAGAUCGCCAGGGGGAAGCUUGAGGAAGCGACAAGCCUGGAAGUAGCGAGUUUGUUAAUCAGCACCUACAGCAAAAAGUACGCCGCUGAGAUCACCGUAUCGAUAUUGAGAGCCAUAAAUGAGGUACAGCUAGCCGAAGAGUUGGGGGAAAAAACUGGAGCCGAAACUCAUCUAGAAGAUUUGCUGUGCAUGCUGGGACUGGAGAACUGCUUCCCAGGCAAGAUUACGUUGAGUACUGUCCUUGAGAUCGGUACAGAGAGUAUUACAGAUGAACCGAUUCAGUCACUGAAAAAACUCCCCUGGUGCUUUCUGAAAAGUCUCAUGAUGGUAAAUGUGACAGCUUGGAGUACCAAGUGCAGUGCUGCUGAGACAGAUACAGACUCGAAAUUGCAAGACCUUGACAGUGUUCUUGAACUUAUAGCUAGUAAUGAUGAUCAAGACACAAAUAUAAUCAAUCCACUUGAUCUCUUGGCAGCAGUCUUUCUGUGCUCAGACAGCUUCCUGCAGCAGGAAAUGAUGUCAAAAAUGUCGAUGUGCCAGUUUGCUGUACCUCUUUUGCUCCCUGACUGCAGCACCAGUCAGUGUACAUUAAUGCUGUGGGCCAUGCGAGACAUUGUGAAGAAGUUUAGACCCCGUUCAUUAGCCGACUCAAAAGGGUUUGUAGAAGACAGUAUAGUCAGCACUGCCAUGCCAAUGAUCUCUUUUGUCAGGCUGGGUGACUGCAGUUUAUCAAAGUCUCAGAUUCUGAAUCAGGUUCUCAGUAACCCCCAGCAGUACCAUGAUUUCUUUACCCAUCGUGACAUGGAAUGUGGAAAUGUUCCACGGAGAAUUUCAAACGGUCUAGUGGAAAUAGGUUGGUACCUUCCUUGUGGAAAGAAAAACUUGGACAUCUUUCCAGAACCUGUAGCUGUUGGCAACCUUCGUGGAGAUCUCCUUUCCUUUCAGAAUCAGUUUUCCAUUUUAUGUCAGACAUCCUCGGCAGUCUUCAUAUUUUUUGACAGUAUUGCGGACAGCGCGUGCAAUCUCUUGUCCUCUGCAGGAAAUAUUAAAGCCCAAUUGUAUUUGGUUGCAAAUUCUCAGAGUGUGUUACACCAAAAUGUAAUACCUCUAAAAAACUUGGCUUCAAAAUUAAAAAUAAGUAGUAGUCAUAUUCGAUUGAAGAAUAAGCAGACCAAUGAUGCAGAGUUUGUGUCAAAACUGCGCUUAACUAUGAAUGACAUCAUGGAAAACUGUCAACACAAAAUGACUAUUGAAGGCAUGUCUGCUGAAGCACAUGAAUUGGGGAUUCCUGUAGAUGAAGACUGCACUAAAUGUCAGAACGCUAAGACAAGUGCUGCAGAAAUCACAUCUAGAAUCAACGAUGUGGUGCGAUAUAAAGAGGAUCAGUUGCCAUUGCAAGGGAAGCUUUGGAAGGAGCUGGCUAAAAUAGAAAAGGAGGAGUGCAGACUACGGAAGGCAGGAGACAAGCCUAUUGAAGAAUAUAAAGCCAAUCUGCAAAGAGAAAAACAGAAACUGAGACAACAGCAAAGCAGUUAUAGUAUGUCUGAAGCAAUGGGAUGUUUCAUCGCUGCCAUAUCCAAUGAAAGCAAAGAAGAACGAUCCUAUUUUCUAAAGUGGAUGAGGAUGAACUUGGAUGGUACGGCACGAAAGAAACUUUCUGGUCUUCGUGAUGAAUACAAAGACAAGUGUUGCAAGUUCUCAGAGAACAAAGAGAUAAUUGCAACCCUGGAUAGACAAAUAUCAGACAGCUCUUUAGGAAUGGAACAUUUCAUGCGUGAGAUGGGGCAGCUUUAUGAAGCAUCAUGCUUCCUUUCUGACAAUGCUGAAUCUCAUCAGCAGUUUCAACAUCUUCCCAGUUUGGGGGCUGAUCUGCUGUUGGAUGGCUUCCCUCUUGAGCUGGUGGAUGGAGAUGCAUCAAAUAUCCCUGUAAGGUGGGUGACUGAUGUUCUAACUGAGCUCCACAGGAAAGUCCAACACAAGAGCAGGCUGCUGGUUGUAACAGUGUUGGGAGUCCAAAGCACUGGGAAGUCUACCCUCCUCAACACAAUGUUUGGGGUUCAGUUUUCAGUUAGCAGUGGCAGAUGCACGAGAGGAGCCUUCAUGCUGUUAAUCAGAGUCAAAGAGGAUCUUAAAGAAGAGCUGAACUGUGAUUUUAUCUUGUUAAUCGACACUGAAGGUCUGAAAUCUCCAGAACUGGCAGAACUAGAAGACAGCUACGAACAUGACAAUGAGCUUGCAACACUGGUUGUAGGUUUGAGUGACGUCACCAUAAUAAACAUUGCAAUGGAGAACUCCACAGAGAUGAAGGAUAUCCUACAGAUCGUGGUGCACGCCUUUCUUAGAAUGGACAAAAUGGGGAAGAAACCAAACUGUCAGUUUGUGCACCAGAAUGUGGGGGAUGUGUCUGCUCAUGACAACAAUGCAAGGGACAGGAAUAAGCUUCUAGAACAGCUGAAUGAGAUGACACAGGAGGCUGCCAGGAUGGAGAAGAAGGAUACUGACAGAAAAUUCACUGAUAUAAUGGAGUAUGAUCCAGAGAAAAAUAACUGGUACAUCCCGGGCCUGUGGCAUGGCAUUCCACCAAUGGCUCCAGUGAACACAGGCUACAGUGAAGCUGUGUAUGAGUUCAAGAAGAGUUUGAUUGAAGUGUUAAAAAGCUGCAAAUUCCAAACACUUAAAGAGUUCCUGGAGUGGACAAGAAGUUUGUGGAAAGCUGUUAAAUAUGAGAACUUCAUCUUCAGCUUCAGAAACAGUCUAGUGGCUGAGGCUUACAGUAACCUGUGUGUUGAAUUUAAUAAAUGGGAAUGGGCCUUCCAAAAGCACAUGUACAACUGGCUGGAGAAAGCAAAGACAAGGAUUUCAAAUACCAAAAACCAGUCCUCAAACCUUGAUGAGUUUCUCAGAAGUUUACAAGCAGAGGCAUUUCAAGAAUUGAAAUCACAAGAAACAACAUCUCUGGAGAAACUGACUAAAUACUAUGACAGUAAGGAGGGACAUGUUAAUCUUGUAGAAAGCUACAGAGCCACCUUUGAGAGAAGCAUUAAAACUCUUAGGAUUGAAACUGAAAACUCUGUGACAAACAAGUUGACAGCAGCGAUUGAUUUUCAAAAAGGAAUGAAGAAAGUACAUGAUGUCAAUAAAAAACAUAAAGCAAUAUUAGAGGAAAGAGUAUUGCAACUGCUAGGAGACUGCAGGGAACGAAAUAAGGAUUUAUCUGAGAAGCAGCUGAAACAGGAAUUUGAAAAGAUGUGGGAGGACACAGUGAAGAGACUGGACUUUAAAGGUGUAGAGAAAAGAGAUAUGGGAUUAGAUGUUUAUAAUCAAUUGAGAAAACAAUUAAAAAGAAAUGUAGGUGCAGUUAACAUGGUGUUAAAUGAGGCCACAGAUCUGACUGAAUAUGGAAAAACACAGUUUAAUGUAACUGAUAAACACUUUGAUCCCGUAUGGUGCAAAAAACACCACGCUGAUCCCAUGGACCUGUCAACAAACCCCAAAGAGGAAGCAGAGGCGAUGGUGAAAUCUGUAACAGAACAGUGCAUGGAGUUUGUAGCAAACAAAAAAAGGAGUAAAACUAACUACCAUGAGACCUACACCAGAGAGCUGUUAGAAAUGAUAGAUGUCAAGCUGAAGGGAAUUGAGAAGCUCCAGACCAACGCCCAGUUUGAGGUUGAUCUGAAGCUGCACAUCUGUGGGUUUGCUGCCAGGGAAUUCCAGCAGAUGCACGAAGAUUUCAUUAAAGUCAAUGACCCUCUGAACCAUCUGGAAAAGUUCAGGCCGCAGUACUGUUCUGACUUCAUAGAUCUUUACCAUGAGAAGGACCAGAGCCAAAAGAAGGCUGGAGAAUUCACUGAGCGCUGCCUCAAGCCUGCAGUGAGGGAGUAUGUCAACAAAGCCCUUGGGUUAGAUAUUGUGGAUGAAAUGCUGACUGGUGCAGACUCUGUGAAAUACAGCACCCGGUCAUAUUUCCAGCAUUCCAUUCUGAAACAGCUGCUGGAUGACAAUAAUUUUACAAAGUAUGUGGAAUACAGUAGAAACUAUGAAGGUUUUGUCAAGGGUUGGAUAUUGAAUCGUAUUAUUGAUCAUUUUUCCAAGAGUAAAGCCCUUUCAGAUUUAGAAGUGAAACAUUUUGAAGCAAUAACAAAAAAAAUACAAGCAGCCAUUGAAAAAGAAAAGAAGACUUUAACAAAGAGCAAAACCAUUUUAACGCUUCUUAAAAAGAUCUGCAGUAAUUUAAACAGUGACAUUGUGAUUUCCACAGACAACCUUGGAUUAACACUUAUCCAGGACAAAGCAAACACCCAAGAGUUCACUGAAUAUCUUCAGAAGAGUGUGAAUGAAAUGAAGACAUCUCUAAGAGUUUCUCAAGGGUGUGAUAUCAAUGAAAAACUAAAUAAUCUACCCUUCAAGCUGCAGGAUGAGCUGUUCAAGAGGGUGAUUAGCUGUGUGGAGCAGUGUCCGUUCUGUAAGGUCCCCUGUGAGGCAAGAGGCAAGGACCACGAACAACACCACGCAUCCGUGCAUCGACCCCUGGGGCUCGCUGGGAAUAAACAGGGUUCUGACAAACUAUCUGUAACAAUUUGUACAACACUUGUAUUAAGUGAGGAUACAUUCUGUAAUAAAGAUACAGCAUGGAGGGCUCAUCCCUAUAAAGACUAUUGGAGAGUCUACCUUGACUGGAACAUUCCCACGGAUCCCUGUAUUGAAGCCUCUGACUACUGGAAGUACGUGCUGAUGACAUUUAAUGAACAAUUUGCAAAAGAGUAUCAUGCAAAGCCUGCUGAUAUCCCUAAGGAAUGGAAAAGCAUAACAAAGAGACGAGCACUGAAGAGUUUAAAUGAGGAGUUUAACAUGAAGUGAAUAAUCGACAGUACUGAAAGUAUUCUCACACAAUAAUCACCCUGGAUGUGGCCUCGGAACAGACACUAAAUCUAAGGACAUGUUUUACCGUGCGAUGUACGGGUCUGUUAGGGUUGCUGGUCUGCCUGCAGAUCUUUGUAAUGCGGAACCUGCUGAAAUCCCUAAACAUUGGAGACACAAAACCAAAGAACCAAGCGGACCUCCGUUUAAAAGAGAUGAUUGGGCAUUCAAUAGAAAUUAAUAGAAAUAUACAUUACAUAGAAAUAAGCAUCCUGUUUAAUACUGUAGCGUGCAAAAAGCAAUCCGAUGAAAGAGUAUUUCUCAUAGAAUUGAAUUAAAGAACACGUUUAGAAUGCUGAGGGGUCGGAAUCAUUGUGAAAGAAAUAAUCUAAUCAAAUGCAUUUCCUGUUGUGAAAUAUAAAGACUAUUCCAUUUAAAAUGAUGUGUUAAUUUUACUGCCUGGGAAUUAUCAGUAAAUUCGAAUCUAUGAAACUAAUGCGUCUUUUUUCUGGUAAAAAUGUGUUUAUUUCACGGUUUAAAAAAUAGUUAUUUCAAGAUAUUUCACAAUUUUCAAAUCAUUAAUAUUAAUGAAAACAGGGGGGUUAACAUAAUACACUCCACGGCAUAUUAUUUCUAAACUGUAAACUUUUCAGACGAUGUCUCCUGAGGAUUUCCUUCUGUGUCACAUUAAUCAUUUCUUGCUUGUCUGUAUAACUUCACCAGAACGCUCGUUCUUUCUAAUCUCUUCGAAUGUAUGGCAAAUCAAAGUUUAAUAUGUCUGCAAGUUGAUUUCAACAAAUAUGAUCUGUUUAAAAAAACAAAAACAACACCUGUAGAUCUUGUUCCCAUGUCUGCUUUGCACCGGCUGUAUGUUAAUAAAGAGAACUUCUACCCAGAGAUGAGACUCGCUGUGUAAUCGUGUUAUUCAGCCAAUGUGUGAUAAUGACA